UUGCAGAACCCGCCCGCCCGCGCCCCUCCUUUUUGGUUGGGAGGCGCCCGCCCGCACUGCCCGCCCGCCUUCUCCGGGAGCGCUCUCCCGGCUCGGCCGCCUCAGAGAAAGUUUUUGUCGUCGGGAGGGACCGGAGGCGCCGCGAGCCUUUGAGAAGGGAAGGAGGACUGAAGACGAGGCUCCAGCCGCGCGGGCCCGGCGAGUGCAUGGUUCCCGGUGCCUCGGCUGCCUGUCAGGAGGACAUUGGGGCGGGGUCGGGCUGAGCCCAGCUCCUUCUUCCCGCGGGCUCGCCAGAAAUCGCCCUCCCGGACUGCCGCGGGGAAUCCCCGCUCUUCAGCCCGCCAUGUCCCGGCUGCUGCCGCUGCUGAGGAGCCGGACCGCGCGCAGCCUGAGGCCGGGCCCGGUCGCCGCGCCCCGCCCGCCGUCCUGGUGCUGCUGCGGGCGGGGGCUGCUGGCGCUCGCGGCCGCGGGCGGCCCCCGGGAGCUGGGCACCCACCCCAAGAAGGAGCCCAUGGAGGCGCUGAACACGGCGCAGGGCGCGCGCGACUUCAUCUACAGCCUGCACUCCAGCGAGAGGAGCUGCCUGCUCAAGGAGCUGCACCGCUUCGAGUCCAUUGCCAUCGCCCAAGAAAAAUUGGAAGCUCUACCACCCACCCCAGGACAGCUGAGAUAUGUAUUCAUCCACAAUGCGAUACCUUUCAUAGGGUUUGGCUUUUUGGAUAAUGCAAUUAUGAUUGUUGCAGGAACCCAUAUUGAGUUAUCUAUUGGAAUUAUUUUGGGAAUUUCAACUAUGGCAGCUGCUGCUUUGGGAAACCUUGUGUCAGAUUUAGCUGGUCUUGGACUUGCAGGCUAUGUUGAAGCUUUGGCUUCCAGGUUAGGCCUAUCAAUUCCUGAUCUCACACCAAAGCAAGUUGACAUGUGGCAAACACGUGUUAGUACACAUUUGGGCAAAGCUGUUGGGGUGACUAUUGGCUGCAUUCUAGGAAUGUUUCCUUUGAUUUUCUUUGGCGGAGGUGAAGAUGAUGAAAAACUGGAAAAGAAAAAUUAACUCUCUUAGGAUACCUAUAAAAAGAUGUAAACUAAUGUACCUCAAUUAUUAAAUAUGCUGUCACAACAUUUAGGAAUUAAGACAGUAACAGUGCAUAGAUAUGGGAUCAACUAAUUCAGCAUGUAUUAUGGAAAACACUAACUUAUUGUGGCUUGGUUUUCUUAGGACAUCUUUUUAAAAAAACUUUUGUGUAAACUGUUGAAAUGCUUUUUCAUCAAUGGCAGUCAACAUUUUACCUUGUCAUUUUCUUUCUUUAUAUACCAAAAUAUCAUUUAAGUAUCAGUCAUUGAUGUGCUGUGCUGACUUGGGGUUUGCCUAUUUGUUACUUACCAUGUGUACAUGCAUGAAAGCAUUUUCUGCUGUUGUUCCCUUAUAGUUACAAUUCAACCUUAAGAUUUUUUCCAAAUUACUUAAGAUGUUUAACAUCAGUUAAAUAUUUUUUUUUACUCUUUUUGGCAACAUCAAUUUUGUCCUGUUUCACAGUAAACAUUUACAA